UUGAGAUUGUCGAAAUUACAUCAAAGACACGUGAAACACAUCUAGGGAGCAUUUUUACUAUCAAAACUAUGUUUAGCAGGAUCAUGUCUCCUGUCAUUUCAGGAGCGUAGAAUUUUUGCUCACCCCUCCAUAUAUACUGAGCCCCAAUGCCGAGCAUGAAUCGAAACUUGUUCGUAUAAUCCUCUCGGUCUUAUUUUCUUCCAAGGCUCUAUGCUUCAUCCAAUGUCUAUAUAUUCUGAGUGACCCCCGCCCGGGGGUGUUUUUCUUGCAUCAUCAUAUAUGAAGUUUCUGCAUCUCCAGUUUUUAUACUUUUUGAAAGCUCUACAGCUUAUAGUCUCUCUUUAUUUUCAGGCUUAGUCCUACCCACACUCCUUUUUGUUUCAAUUCCAUACAUAUAUUUGCAAAAAUGCAUUUUUCCUAUGCCUUGUCAGCUCUUGCUGCUAUCGCCUCGACGGCAUCUGCUUCUCUUACAAUCAACAAUUGGUCUGUUUCUUUACCUCCAAUAACACCAAGAGGUUUAUUAACGCGAUGUAGGUGCUCCCAAGAUGUUUACAUCUACAAGUCAAACGGCGGAGGCUGUAAUGUCGGUACCAACGGCGCUUGUUCCACGGCUUCCAAUGCCAGCCCCUGGCAUAUCAAAGCUGGCAACGGAGCUAGCAGCACACUCACACUCCCUUGGGACACGGAUGGGCGUGGAACAUCGAUAAAAAUUGCCAAGACGUCCAACUGGAAAACCACCCCUUCGAUUCUUCAACUCGAGUAUACCUGGACAACGGGCCAAUACUCUGGUCUUUACUGGGAUCUCAGUGAUUUGGAUGGUGCCGGGUCUGGAUUAGUGGGAACUCCUUUCAUGAAGGAUAAUGUGAAAGUUAGUCCUACUGGUACUGGCAGUGGAUCAGGCACUUGCGUGAAGUUGAAGUGUCCUUCAGGUGCGCUGUGCAGAGAUGCAUACAACACCCCUGACCAAAAAGCCACCCGUUCUUGUCCAUUGAACACCGGCACCAUGUGGUUGGAUUUGUGUGAGCCAACAAGCCGCUUUAAUAGCAGGAGAGAAAUCGGCUUUGAGGCAUAGAGAAUGUUGAGGAUGAAGUGAGGAUUAGAGGACAGUACGAUCACGCUUGCAGUCGUGCUUGGUUUAGAGGAAAACGUGGCUGGUUGCUGGAGUUUCUUUUCAUAUAUUCAUGUUUUCUUUUAGGGCGGAGAAGAGUGCAGGUACGCUUUCAUGAUAUUAUGCCGGGGGCUAUUACCUUAUAUGUUCUAUGUAAAUACAUUCAAAUACCACGGGGGCAUUGAUGGAGCAAGGCAAAUGGUAUCCUUUUCUUUGCUUUGAAUACAUCAUCACAAGUAUCUUUGAAGCGCAACUGGAAAAUUAGCUCACGCGGAUCUCCAAAAACUGUCAUUGACGGAGAAA